CGACAUUGCUUUUAGUUAUUUAGCAUUCCAAAAUGACGGAUCCUACAACGUCUCCGGAGGACCACUGGAAAACAGAAGGCGCUUUCAGUGACAGUGGCUUUGACCCCAGUUUAUUUGCUGAAACUGUCAAAAAGGGAAGUGUUGUGUCCAGGGCCAACAGCAUUGGCUCCACAAGUGCCUCUUCAGUUCCAAAUACAGAUGACGAAGACAGUGACUACAGACAUGAGGCAUCAUAUAAAGACUCGUAUAAAGAUCGACGGAGGCAAGCGCACACACAAGCUGAGCAAAAGCGCAGAGAUGCCAUCAAGAAAGGAUAUGAGGACCUGCAGUCAAUUGUGCCCACCUGCCAGCAGCAGUCUGAGUUUGCAGUUGGAGCACAGAAGAUAAGCAAAGCAACGAUUCUACAGAAAACAAUCGACUACAUCCAUUUUCUUCAUAAAGAAAAGAAGAAGCAAGAGGAGGAGGUUUCUGUCUUAAGAAAAGAAGUGAUGGCACUUAAGAUCAUGAAAACGAACUAUGAGCACAUCGUGAAGGCCCACCAGAACAACCCGCAGCAGGGGGAGGAUCAGGUGUCUGACCAAGUCAAGUUCAACAUCUUUCAGAGCAUCAUGGACUCUCUGUUCGUGUCUUUCAGCAGCUCUGUUUCAAUGAACAGCUUUCAAGAACUGUCCGCCUGUGUUUUCAGCUGGAUCGAGGAGCACUGCAAGCCACAGACGUUACGGGAAUUUGUUGUAGGAGUGCUCCGGCAGCUCAAUGGUCAGCUUUAUUGAUUGAUGGAAAACUUCUGCUUAACUCCCAGAUAUUGACUUUGGGCUUACUGUUGCCUCUCAGGAAGGAUUGAAAACCUCAACCAGCUUCAGGCCAUGCCACAGUAUUUACUCGCUUCAACCCAUCGGUGCCUCUCUGACUGCAGUUGGAUUACCUCAUCAUACUUUCUGAAGUUAUUUGCUUAAAGGGUCACAUUCUGAUUUUCAGUCUGCAUACAGAUUGUUUUUGGCCCACCAUGGCUGUUGUUCUAAAAUGCUAGAAAAACGCACAAGUAUCUUAAGAUGAUGAAGCAGAUUUGCAUUAAAUUCAACAAGCAGACAGAAUUUUUUUUUUUUUUUUUUUAACCUUUAUUUAACCAGAUAAAAAAAACCCAUUGAGAUCAUGAUCUCUUUCACAAGGGUGACCUGGCCAAGAGGUCUGCAGCACGUCAUAAACAGACAAACAAAACAGUUUGAGAACCAAAACAAAGAAACAAAACAAAAUUAAACAUACAAUAUCACCAAAGCAACAGCAUUUUCAACAUAGAGUGCGUGUACUAUCCAAGCAAUUUUACAACAGACAACAAAUUAAGAUUUAUAACACAGGCACUGUCCAAUAGUCUCACUCUGUCUGUCCUUUAAUAUAGAGCGGAAAGCUCCAACAGGAAUAAUAAAUUCAAGAAGUUUCAGUUUGGACUGUAGAGUGUUCCAUGCUGUAGGGGCAGCAAAGCUAAAUGCUCUUUUUCCAAAUUCAGACCUUACUCGUGGAACAGAUAAAACAAGUGUAGAACAAGAUCGCAAAGCAUAGCAGCUGCUUGUUUUCUGCAGUAAAGUGGACAAAUAAGGAGGACUCAAGCUUAAGAGAGCCUUAUAAAUUAGGGUCAGCCAGUGUGCAUAUCUACGGUCACUCAGCGAAGGCAAGAUUGAUUUUGCAUAAAGUUCACAGUGAUGGGUGAGAUAACUGCAGCCUGUGACAAAUCUCAGUGCCGCAUGAAAUACAGUGUCCAAGGACUGAAGACAUUUGGACGAAGCACUCAAAUAAAGCACGUCCCCAUAGUCGAGAAUGGGCAAGAAGGUCGCUGUCACUAAUUUCUUUCUGACCCUGAGAGAGAAGCAGGUUCUAUGUCUGAAAAGGAAACCAAGCUUCGCCCUAAGUUUAGAGACCAGAUUAUUUAUAUGAGUUUUAAAAGAGAGCUGUUGAUCUAUGAUAAGACCCAAGUACUUGUAAUGUGAGACCUGCUCUAUAGGUUUUCCAUUUAAUGUGAUAUUUGGAAUAUUCUGCUGUAGCAUCUUUGAAUGAUGGAAGACCAUGAGGUUGGUUUUGUCUGUAUUUAAAACCAAUUUAAGAUCAUGUAAACGAGACUGGACAAUGUUAAAAGCAGAUUGUAAAAACUCAAAAGCCUGAGUGAGAGAGGUAGAACAGCAAUAAAUAAUGGUAUCGUCUGCAUAAAAAUGGUACAUUGCAUUUGAUAAGUUAUUACAGAGAUUGUUUAUAUAGAUUGAAAAUAAAAUGGGUCCCAGCACUGAGCCUUGAGGUACCCCUUUGGUAAUGUCCAGAAAAGAAGAGGUGGUUCCCGCCACCUGAACACAUUGUGUUCUAUUUGAUAGGUAGUUGGCAAACCAGGCAGCUGCAUGUGUAGAUAAGCCAGUGUGAUGUAAUUUGGCACUAACUGGAGUUGCUCCUCCUAAGAGGAGUUAUAAUGAUGGGGAGGUUCCACACACAACUCUCAAAGAUUGAGGAAGCUCAUGGUAUUGUCUAAGUGGCUCACACAUUCACAUUAAGCUCAGUAGCUUAAUGCUGAACCAAAGGGCUCCAGUUAGUUUUAUGAAACAAACACUGAGUCACUCCUUGCUUUAAAUAAAUACCUUUAACUUUAGUGUGACAAAGGUGAGUUCAUGUAGUUAUGACAAGCUGAAAAAGACAAAUUAAUGUGUAAUCUGUGGCAGGUUAAAUAAAGGUAUAAUCAUUGGUUCUCAAUUGGUUUAACAAAGAUGGUCCAGAUUAAUAAAUGUUGUACCUCAGUUGAGCUUAAGGGUAAUUUCUAAUCAAUAAUCCAUGAGCAGAAUUUAAAGGGUCACAGAUGUUUAAAUACAGUUUGAGAGAUGAUGGCGUUGAAUGCAAAUUUGAUUUUGAUAAGACUUGUUUGGUUUUUCAGGAUUUAUUUUUCAUUUAAUGAAGUGACUUAUCAGCCGACUAUUCUCUGGUUUUAAUACUAAUCUGAGGAAUGCUGUUUACGUUUGCUGUAAGAGGAUUUUAUGAUCAGUUCUACUUUAUUCCACAUGGUCCAAAUUGUUGGCACCACUUUUUUAUCUACCAGAAUGAACAUUGAAAACCUAAAGUGACUCAUUUAAAGUUCCUAGUCAGAAACAUUUGUAAUGAAUGAAAACAGGUGGUUUCUAAAUGGUUUAUUUUUUAAUGUAUUUUAUUUUGUUUCAAAAGUUGUAUUGUUAAAAAAAAAAUUCAAUCCUUUCUUGUUGCUUUGAAGUAUUUGAAUAACUUUUUCAGUCAUAUCAACAUAGUGGACACAUUUUGUUACACCUGUAAAAAAUAAUUCAGUCUUGUACUGCCUUAAAUUCUACUUUACAAAGAUUACAAUGUUAAUUUUGGAUCACCAUUGUGUUUUAUGUUGGUCAAGGCUGGAGGACGAGCACACGAGUGGACAGAAUGUAAACAAAAACAGAUCAUUAUCUUUGUGAGAAGCUGAGUGAGUGAUUGCGUACGGUUGCACGGGUGUUCUUAAACAUACAGUGGUCAAUGAAUGUAGCGCAUAUCAUUCAGAAAAGCAGCGUCAAUUUGUAAAUUAAUUUAUUUAGGUAUUUUCUGUGUAGGUGAAGGGAAAGCAGUACAAUGCUUAAAAAAAGUGCAAGACAACAGAAAAGUAUAAGUCGCUGCUGUGCUGCUGUCCAUCUGCGCAGCUAGUAAAUCUAUGAAAACUCUUAAAUGCUUUACAGACCAUCUUGUCCAGCAGAAACCUGAGAAAUUACUGCCGUGAACAUUUAAUAACCUGACAGUACUUCUGUUUAGAAAAACAACACCAAGGAGGAUUGGUGCAAAAAGAUUGGUACAAGAAUACCAAACACUGCUCGAAAAGCUAUGAUGAGUAAUUUGCUGUAAAACGUAAAAAUAAAAACAAGACAUCUGUGCUGUCAAAUUAUGUGAUUUAGUGUUUAGCUAAUAAAGGUAUUUUUUGUAAAAUA